AAGCAAAGAAUAUUGAACUUUCAAUUUUGUUUCUUUACCAAAUUAAAAACACAGAGGUGGGAAAUCUAGAAAAAUAAAAAUAUCCAGGACAGCAGGUGUGAACUGUGAAACCAGUAACUUUUUUAAGUAAUAAUGAUCUCAUGUAUGUAUAUAAACACAUGCAUGUAGGGAUACAUCUAUGUGUGUGAGUCCAGACAUACACUUCUCACACCCUUCAACCCCCCUCCCCCCUUGGAUUUUGUUCCUUAAACAAUUGAACUCUUGUGUAUGGUUCACUAAUCUGUCCCACAAAUCUUCAACAUUAUACCAGGUUUUGUAGAUUAGAAGGGAAAAUGAAGGUAAAGGAUAUUAAGCAAGAUGAUAAGCAUGAUAAACAUGCAAGACAGAAUGAUAAAACUUCAAAGGUUAUGUCAAUAGGGAUACUGCUUGUGUUUUGCGGGUUUUCGUUUUAUCUUGGUGGGAUCUUUUGUUCUGAGAAGCACGGGUUUGUUAGCACCGAGGAAGUUGUGAAGUCCGCUGAAUCGCCCAAAAAGACCGUUUCUACUCCGGUCCAAGUGAAGGCGGUUUCUUUCCCUCAAUGCAGUGCUGAUUUACAAGACUACACGCCUUGCACCGAUCCUCAGAGAUGGAUGAAAUACGGACGACACAGGCUUACAUUCAUGGAACGCCACUGUCCACCAGCUUUCGACCGAAAAGAGUGUCUAGUACCACCGCCCGAUGGCUACAAGGAGCCAAUCAGAUGGCCAAAGAGCAAAAAUGAAUGUUGGUACAGGAAUGUCCCUUAUGAUUGGAUCAACAAACAAAAAUCUAACCAGCAUUGGUUAAGGAAAGAAGGGGAGAAGUUCUACUUCCCUGGUGGUGGUACCAUGUUUCCUAAUGGUGUUAGUGCUUAUGUUGAUUUAAUGCAAAACUUAAUUCCCGGGAUGAAAGACGGGACUAUACGUACCGCCAUUGAUACUGGUUGUGGGGUGGCUAGUUGGGGAGGUGACUUACUCGAUCGUGGGAUUCUUACAAUUUCUCUUGCUCCGAGAGAUAAUCACGAGGCGCAAGUCCAAUUCGCCCUAGAACGUGGGAUUCCGGCCAUUCUUGGAAUCAUAUCAACGCAACGUCUUCCGUUCCCUUCAAACUCGUUCGAUAUGGCUCAUUGCUCUAGAUGCCUGAUCCCGUGGACCGAAUUCGGUGGAAUUUACCUUCUUGAAGUACAUCGAAUCCUCCGUCCCGGAGGCUUUUGGGUCCUAUCAGGCCCUCCGGUAAACUACGAGAACCGUUGGAGAGGUUGGAACACGACAGUCGAAGAACAAAAAUCCGAUUACGAUAAACUACAAGAGCUACUAACAUCAAUGUGCUUUAAGUUAUACAACAAAAAAGACGAUAUUGCCGUGUGGCAAAAAUCCACUGACAACAACUGUUAUAAACAACUCGACACUCCCGACACCUACCCGCCAAAAUGUGAUGACGGGACCGAGCCUGAUUCAGCAUGGUACACCCCGUUGAGACCUUGUGUCGUUGUACCCGACCCGAAAAACAAAAAAUCUAGCUUGAAGUCCAUUGCAAAAUGGCCCGAAAGAUUGCACGUGGCUCCAGAACGGGUGGCUGAUGUUCGUGGCGGUAAUGAUGGCGCGUUUAAGCAUGACGAGAGCAAGUGGAAGAGUCGGGUGAAGCACUACAAGAAGCUGCUUCCGGCUCUUGGAACCAACAAAAUCAGAAAUGUAAUGGAUAUGAAUACGGUUUAUGGUGGUUUCGCUGCGGCUUUGGUUGAGGAUCCACUUUGGGUCAUGAAUGUCGUGUCUUCGUAUGCUUCGAAUACACUCCCCGUGGUAUUUGAUCGAGGUCUCAUCGGAACUUUCCACGAUUGGUGCGAGGCGUUCUCAACAUAUCCUCGGACAUACGAUCUCCUCCACGUAGACGGCCUCUUCACAACCGAAAGCCACAGGUGUGAGAUGAAAUACGUGUUAUUGGAAAUGGACCGGAUUUUGAGACCAAACGGGUACGUGAUCGUCAGGGAAUCGAGCUACUUUGUGGAUGCGAUCGCGACAAUAGCGAAAGGAAUGAAAUGGGGUUGUCACAAAGAAUCCACCGAGUACAAUAUCGAGACCGAGAAGGUUUUGAUUUGCCAGAAGAAACUUUGGUACUCAAACUAGAGCUCGUAGUUGACCUCAAAAGUCAAAAUAUAUUAUUUUUGCAUCAAAGGACACAGGUUUAAUUAAAUUGCAAACAGGCACAAAGUAUAACAAAUAUCUUGAAUGCAAAAAACAAUUCAUUUUAAAAAAGUUUUCGGGGGAAGAAUUUAUACCAGGAAAUCUUUUUUUUUUUUUUCUGUUAAAAUUGUUAGCAACAAUUGUAAGCUUAUAUUUAUACCAAGUAAUGUACAACUUUCAUAGGAUGAAGUACAAGUUAUAAUGUACAACUUUUAUAAUUUUAUUAAGUUGUACUUAAUAAUAUCAUUUAUUGUUAUAUUA